GAGCUUCUUCUGAUCGGUUCUUCCCCGUCUGUCAGAUCAUUUCCGCGGCGCAGGCAGCGAAGCACGGACGCGGAUCCGCCGAAGGACGCUGUUGUUGUCGUUACCGGGGAAAGGACGCGCUUGGAAACGGCGGCGGUCCGUGAAUGGAUGCAUCAUGUCUUCGUUUGUGUGCCGCGUUCAGUUUCUCGACGACACCGAUCCGUUCAACAGCACCAGUUUCCCGGAACCGACCCGAGCUCCUCUCUACUCCUUCAGAGAAGACAUCCCUCUGAUCGAGCAGAUCGCGGGGGUCCACAGGCUCCUCAAGGCUCCUCACAAGCUGGAUGACUGCGCUCUGCAACUCUCUCACACCGGUGUGUGUCUGGAUCUGGAGUCGACGCUGGAUGAGCAGAGAGAUGAGCUGGAGGGAUUUCAGCCAGACGACUGCGCAGGGAGGGGAAAGAAGCACAGUGUGAUUUUACGCACUCAGCUGAGUGUCCGUGUUCACGCAUGUAUCGGUGAGUCUCAGACACACACCAACACACACAUCGACGAUAAGGACCUGGUUCAUGAGUUCGUUAUGGCUGAAGGUCUGACGUGUUUGAUUAAGGUCGGCGCUGAAGCGGAUCAGAACUAUCAGAACUACAUUCUCAGAGCUCUGGGUCAGAUCAUGCUGUAUGUGGACGGGAUGAACGGGGUCAUAGGUCACACCGAGAUCAUCCAGUGGCUCUACCUGCUCAUCGGCUCAAAGGUGACGCGCCGUUUGAUCAGUGUGUGUGACGAUCAGAUGUUUAUCGCUGGGUUUCGGAUGGCCGAGCGACUGGCGGACGAAGAGUUUGAGCGAGAGCGAAUGCAUUCUGCACCUCGAGGUCUCAGCCUCACUCUGAGCCCAACGGACACCUGUCAAUCAUCCCGCAGUGCCACGCCCUCCUCUGUGACAUCACAGGACGAGCAGGACACGCCCAUCACAUUGUACCCGCCCUCUGAACCAGACACCAAUGAUCUAGAACCGGACGUGGAGGCCAGUCUAGAACCCGAGGAGAAGGACAUAGAACCCAGAGAGGAACAGGAAGAGGAAGUGGAGGAGGUAAGUGCUGAACAGGAAGUGGGCGGAGCCGAGGAGCGGGCAGAAGAAGAAGAGGAGGGGUCUGAAAGGGAAGCGCCGGAUGGAGAAGCGGAGGACAGCGGGAUCUUGAGUGAUAAAGAACGACAGAACGAAGAAGUGAACGAGAAGGAUAACUGCUCCGCCUCCAGUAUAUCCUCAGCCAGCAGCACACUAGAAAGAGAAGAUCAACUCACUGCAGGCGGAGCGGACACGGGUCAGUGGCCUCAGAGCGUCAGAGACGUGAAUGAACAACGAAACAAGAUCCUCGACAGCAAGCUCUUCAUGCUGGACAUGCUUUACUCGCAGAGCAAGAAACCCUCAGAGGAAGAUGAGGACGAAGACGAGCUGGCCGAGGACAAAGAGCGAGAUGCAAAAGAAAAGGCUGAGGAUUCGUCGCAGGACGCGACGCCUCGGGAAGAGAACGAUGCUAGGCAUGAAGAAGACAAGAAAGUCGCGAACCAGAGCAACGUGCGAACGUUUGCCGAGCGCUUCGGAGACAUCGUUAAGGGUCUCACCUCUCCACCAAUAGAAACGCAGGGACCUCCUCCUCCUCCUCCUCCGCCAGCUCCAAAGAAGGAGUCGGACUGCAUCUGGGACCAGCUGAUGGCGAGUCCGCGGGAUCUGCGCAUCGGCGACAUCGACUUCACCGAUCUGGGAGACGAGGAUGACCAGGAUGUCCUGGACCCUGGGAAAACGCAGGGACCUCCUCCUCCUCCUCCUCCGCCAGCUCCAAAGAAGGAGUCGGACUGCAUCGGGGACCAGCUGAUGGCGAGUCCGCGGGAUCUGCGCAUCGGCGACAUCGACUUCACCGAUCUGGGAGACGAGGAUGAACAGGAUGUCCUGGACUCUGGGAGUUUAUACAGCUCUGGCGAUCUGCAGGCUCCGCCCCCUCCGCCACCGCCCUGCCCCUUUAACCUCCCGGCCCCGCCCCCUAUGUUCGGCUGUCCUCCGCCCCCUCCCAUGUUCAGCAUCCGCGUGCCUCCGCCCCCUCCAUGCUUCUCCAGCCAGGCUCCGCCCCCUCCAUGCUUCUCCAGCCAGGCUCCGCCCCCUUCUCAGCAGCAGGCGGAGCAAGCGCUGCUCUUCCAGAAGAGGAAGAAGACCAUCCGCUUGUUCUGGAGUGAAGUCCGGCCCGCCGACUGGAUCUACCGCAACCACAGACGCAGCCAAGAGUCGCUCUGGUCCAGACUUGAACCUGUCAAACUUGACACGGCUAAACUUGAACACCUGUUUGAGAGCAAAUCCAAAGAGAUGCCCGUGACUAAGAAAACGGCAGCGGAUGGGAAGCGGCAGGAGAUCAUCAUUCUGGACUCCAAACGCAGCAACUCCAUCAACAUCGGUCUGACGGUUCUUCCCCCGCCGCGCACCAUCAAAACCGCCAUAAUGAACUUUGACGAGUACGCGCUCAACAAAGAGGGCAUUGAGGUGGACUUCGGCCAGCUGCAGGAGACUCUGACUCAGAUGGAGUGGCGCUGCAAAGCAUCAUGGGACCACCUGAAAGUCAUCGCAAAGCACGAGAUGAAGCCGGCGCUGAAGCAGAAGAUGUCGGACUUCCUGAAGGACUGCGCCGAGAGAAUCAUCAUCCUCAAAACUGUCCACCGCAGGAUCAUGAACAGGUUUCACUGGUUUCUGCUGUUCCUGGGUCAGCCGGCGUACAGCGUCCGUGAGAUCAGCGUGACUCGGUUCAGUAAGCUCCUCAGCGAGUUCGCUCUGGAGUACCGCACCACUCGCGAGCGCGUCCUGCAGCAGAGACAGAAGCGCGCCGAUCACAGAGAGAGGAACAAGACGCGAGGGAAGAUGAUCACAGACCUCAGCACACAGAUAUUUCACAGCGGAGCUGGGGUUGUGAUUAUUCACAGAUGUGGGUGGGACUAUAGUAGUAAGGAGAAGAACAAAACGCUGCGCUUCAUCUUAUCGACUCUGCUGGCGAUUGGAAACCUCCUGAACGGCUCCAACGCCAAAGGCUUCGAUCUGACAUAUCUGGAGAAGGUUCCUGAAGUGAAGGACACGGUUCAUAAGCAGUCUCUCCUGCAUCACGUCUGCAGUAUCGUGGUGGAGAACUUCCCCGACGGCACAGACCUGUACUCUGAGAUCGGCGCCGUCACGCGCUCCGCUAAGGUGGACUUCGACCAGCUGCAGGAGACUCUGACUCAGAUGGAGUGGCGCUGCAAAGCAUCAUGGGACCACCUGAAAGUCAUCGCAAAGCACGAGAUGAAGCCGGCGCUGAAGCAGAAGAUGUCGGACUUCCUGAAGGACUGCGCCGAGAGAAUCAUCAUCCUCAAAACUGUCCACCGCAGGAUCAUGAACAGGUUUCACUGGUUUCUGCUGUUCCUGGGUCAGCCGGCGUACAGUGUUCGUGAGAUCAGCGUGACUCAGUUCAGUAAGCUCCUCAGCGAGUUCGCUCUGGAGUACCGCACCACUCGCGAGCGCGUCCUGCAGCAGAGACAGAAGCGCGCCGAUCACAGAGAGAGGAACAAGACGCGAGGGAAGAUGAUCACAGACCUCAGCACACAGACGGAUGAUGAAGAGGACAGUGAGGCGGGUCGUGUGUGUGUGAGCAGCAGCAGCAUCGCUCCUCCUUUCGGGCCACAGACAAAGCCGCAGAGUUUGUGUCACGCUGAAGACGCAGCUGAACACGAGCAGAUGAAGGCCGUGCUGAAGAGCAGCCUGCAGAGAGGAGACAACGACAGCACCGGAGCGACGGGCCUCAGGACACGUACACGCACACGCGCCAGCAGAGGCCGCACCGCAUGGGUCGCGGCAAAUGAAGAGUCUCAGUGCGCGACGGACGACGCUGCAGAUGAGAUCAUGGAGAGAAUCGUACAAUCAGCCACUCAGAGUCCCAGAGAACGAGGUCAACCCCGCGAACGCCGCCGCUCACGCGCGAACCGCAAAUCACGUACGUUCAGCUGCAGAGUUUGUCUCUUCACAUUUUAA